CUCCGUCAGCGGCUGAGCUCAGCCUGUGCCGGACCGCAGGAGGCGGCCAUUUCGGAGCGGAGGAGCCUCGGAGUCUCUCUUCCUCCGGAGGCCGAGCCCGGAAGGGCCGAGAAGCCGGAUCCGGAGGCGCUGAAGGAGGGGGUGGACGGCUUGCCCGGCCGGCAGCGACGAGGAUGUUUUCCUUCUCGACCACCGUGCAGCCGCAGGUCACAGUUCCUCUGAGUCACCUCAUCAAUGGCUUCCAUACGCCCAAAAGCCUAACUCCAUCUUUUGUAACGGCAUCUACCCAGUGUGUGCAAAGGGAAGCAGCACCUGAACAUGAUGUACAAAGCAGUGAGCCAGUACUUAAUCUGCGAGACCUAGGACUAUCUGACUUGAAAGCUGGGCAACUUGAUGAACUAGUGGACAAGCUACUUCCAGGCUAUUGUGUAGAAAACAAAGUAUCUUCUCCUUGGCAUACCUCAUAUAUAUCUGCACAGUCCUUCUUUGAAAAUAAGUAUGGUUUUGCAGACAUAUAUAGCAUUUUGCGCUCGUCUUACCCAUACAGACAACAUCCUAGCCCCCUCCGGAGUAUAUGCGCAGAUCUUCAACGCUGGCCAGUUUUCAUUCAGUCUCGGGGCUUUAAGACUCUGAAAUCAAGAGCAAGACGCCUGCAGUCCACAUCGGAACGAUUAGCGGAAACAGAAAAUGUAGCUCCCUCGUUUGUAAAGGGUCUCCUACUGAGAGACAGAGGCACUGAUGUUGAAAGUUUAGAAAAACUGAUGAAAACAAAAAACAUACCUGAAGCUCAUCAAGAUGCCUUUAAAACCGGGUUUGCAGAGGGCUUUUUGAAAGCGCAGGCACUCACACAACGUACAAACGAUUCCUUAAGGCGAACCCGCCUCUUUCUCCUAGUUCUGCUACUGCUUGGUAUUUAUGGCUUAUCAAAAACUCCAUUUUUAUCUGUGCGUUUUCGAACAACUUCUGGCCUUGAUGCUGCAGUGGACCCCAUUCAGAUGAAGAAUGUCACCUUUGAACAUGUCAAAGGGGUUGAAGAAGCUAAGCAAGAGUUGCAGGAAGUGGUAGAAUUCUUGAAAAACCCUCAGAAAUUUACUGUGUUAGGAGGUAAACUUCCUAAAGGUAUCCUCCUGGUGGGACCCCCUGGCACUGGGAAAACCCUGCUUGCCAGAGCUGUGGCUGGAGAAGCCGACGUGCCAUUCUAUUAUGCCUCUGGCUCUGAGUUUGAUGAGAUGUUUGUCGGUGUGGGAGCCAGCCGCAUCAGAAACCUGUUUAGAGAAGCCAAAACAAAUGCACCUUGUGUUAUAUUCAUUGAUGAGCUGGAUUCUGUUGGUGGUAAAAGAAUAGAGUCUCCAAUGCAUCCCUACUCAAGGCAGACCAUAAAUCAACUCCUUGCUGAAAUGGAUGGCUUUAAGCCAAACGAAGGAGUCAUUAUCAUUGGUGCAACAAACUUCCCUGAAGCUUUAGAUAAUGCUUUAAUACGUCCUGGCCGCUUUGACAUGCAGGUUACAGUGCCACGGCCAGAUGUCAGAGGCCGGACAGAAAUUCUGAAAUGGUAUCUCAACAAAAUAAAGUAUGAUGAGUCCAUUGAUCCAGAAAUCAUUGCAAGAGGCACAGUAGGAUUUUCUGGUGCAGAACUGGAAAAUCUUGUGAACCAAGCUGCAUUAAAAGCUGCAGUUGAUGGGAAGGAUAUGGUGACUAUGAAGGAGCUGGAAUUCUCAAAGGACAAAAUUCUUAUGGGCCCGGAGCGUAGAAGUGUAGAAAUUGAUGAUAAAAAUAAAACCAUUACAGCCUAUCAUGAAUCUGGCCAUGCCAUUAUUGCAUAUUAUACUAAAGACGCAAUGCCUAUCAACAAAGCAACAAUCAUGCCACGAGGACCAACACUUGGACAUGUAUCUCUGCUACCAGAAAACGACAGAUGGAGUGAAACUAGAUCCCAGCUGCUUGCACAGAUGGAUGUUAGUAUGGGAGGAAGAGUGGCAGAAGAGCUCAUAUUCGGAGGGGAUCACAUCACAACAGGUGCUUCUAGUGAUUUUGACAACGCAACUAAAAUAGCAAAACUCAUGGUGACUAAGUUUGGAAUGAGUGAGAAGCUUGGAGUCAUGACUUAUACAGAUACCGGAAAACUCAGUCCUGAAACCCAGUCUGCAAUUGAACAGGAAAUAAGACUACUCUUAAAGGAAUCAUAUGAGCGGGCAAAGAAUAUCUUGAAGACCCACGCAAGAGAACACAAGAAUUUAGCAGAAGCGUUACUGACUUAUGAGACUUUGGACGCCAAAGAAAUUCAGAUUGUUCUAGAAGGGAAGAAACUCGAAGUGAGAUGAUAAAUCCUUGUUGAAGAUUCUUAACUGACUGCUCGUGAGAAUGUGGUGAUCACCUUAUGCAGUGUAGCUUUCUCUUCCUCCUGAUGCGUGUGUGGUGGUUAUCACAUUUCUUAAGGAAUAAAACAUUUGUCUGUGAGCUUUUGUUACAUUUUAUCCAUUUUUUUUGUCUUUUCCUUAGAACGAGAUGCAAGGAGCAAUUGACAUCCCCCCCCCCAGAUAAAGACAUACAAUCUCAGGGCUGAAUCUAGCAUGCUUGGAAACGUCAAAUACUGAAUCUGAAUAGUAUGUCCUUAACGUAUCUUCCCUGGCUAAUGCUGCUCUCCUCUGGAUUUGGAGGCAUUUGUGCCCGGCGUGCUCAGCCUCACGGCUCCUACAGGCACCUUGAAAUGCUGGAUUUACAAGUUGCUUAAUGUUUUGUUUAAUAUCCAGUCUGCCAUUUAUAGAGCUCCCAUUGUAAAACUGAGGCAAUGGUGUAUAAUGCAGUGAUUAGUCUAGUGGAUCAUACAGAUUACAGAAAAAUUGGGGGCGAGGGGCAGCAUGCUUGAAAUAAAGCUACACUUUCCCCAUAAGUGAGCAGGGGUGUUGGAACCCUUUCGGCUCAGUGGGUGGGCAGAGGGGUAAUAGAGAGUGAGGUGUUUGGAUGCCCGUGGACUGUGCUGUAGAACUUUGUGUCCUGAAAAGAAUUAUGUCAUGGCUGCCAACAACUGUUCAGUUAUUUGAGAGUCUGGUGAGUUUUCCUCUGUUGGGGCAGGUAUUGAUCAGUCAAAGAUUGCUUUUAAAGAGUCGUUAACUUGCCUCUCUUGGUCACAUUCCCUGUUUCCAGAAACAAUGUAGUUUUUGUUCUUGAAAUCUUCAACCCUUUUUAGUCAGUAAUCGACAUUGCCCAAGUUCUUUAAGUAAACACAAGUUCAGUCUAUUAAAAUGUUAGAAGUAGGGAGUGGUCAACUGCUGACAAGACUCCUUAACAGUUUGGAUUCAGAGGUGCCUUUUUGUUGACUAGAGAGCAGCUUUGGCUCCAAGCCACUGUUUUGUGGGAAGGCCAGCAGCUGAUGGCUUGGUCUCCACAACUCUGAAGUACCCAAUUCCCUGUCGCCUUCCCAUUCUAGGAAGACUUAAAUGACAGCUUUGUGCCAACGAAUGGAAGAUGGGAAAGACAGUUGGUGGUGAAUUCCGUUUAAAACUAGGGCUAACUUAACCAUUUGCUAAAUACAGCUGGUAGAGUGGUUAUUUUUAGGUUGGUAGGGAAUUUUAUUUCAGCGAAACCAGUAGCUCGAUGCAGCUUUCUUCUCUUGCUUUUUCCAGCUUAGUAACCAUAACCACCAGAAGGACCUCAGGAGAGUUGCUUUAUGCAGAAUAACCAGCUGCUAGGCUGAAUCAUGACAACCGCCCUCUUUUGUAGUAGUGUGCUGUAAAAGAUGCACAACUGCAGCAUGCUUGGCAUCUUUUCUUCCUUGUUCAUUUUAAAAUAAAGGUUUUAAUUAUACAGGCUGCUUCCCUCCCCCCCCCCCCUUUCCCAUCCUCUGUAAAUCGCUUUAAAGUGUAAUUCAGGUUUCCCUCGUAUGUAAAUUGAGGUGUAUAAAAACAUAUCUUAAACCUGUAAAUAAAUUUCAAAGUUGAGCAAAA